UACACUUUUAUUAGCAGAUGGAAAUCGCCUCAAGGCGUUUUACAAACGAUGAACACAUUUAUUAGCACUUUUACUCUAUUAUAUCAGACUGUGUAUAUGUGGAUCUGUUCAUGUUUGGUUGCGUAAAUGGCUCUGCCCAGUCUUUUUAUGAUUAAUUGCAAACAUCUGAAGCAAAGUUCGUCUUUUACUUGUACAUUUUAAAGUUUGUGUUGCAGCCUGCAGCGGAACAAGUUUCGCGAGUCGCACGUUUCAUUCCGGCUCAUUUAGAUAUGCGGAACAGCAACAAGGCAUGGCGUUGCAGAAAUGAAUGGGUGUAAAAAUGUGUUUAUGCUGAUAUGUCCUAGUCCGAACGUAUUUAUGAUUCACACAAAUACACGCAUCUAAGAAAUACCUAUCAGACUGAGCCAUGGACUGUGACAUUUUGGACUCGUUAGAGCAGCUCGGCUAUGACGGCCCUCUGUUGGAGGAGAAAGCACUGAUUACAGCCGCAGAGGGAGGCCUGUCCUCGCAGGACUAUGUAGAGCUAUGCAGAUGGCUGGCAUCCAGGUUGAAGUCGCUCUGUGACCUGGAGGAGAACAUUACUUCGGGACCAGGUGAUCCACUGGACAGCCUCCAGAUGGAGAUGAGUGGUUUGUUGAAGGAGCUGCACUGUCCUUACCAAGAAGUUGUUUCAGGGAUUCUGAAGGGAAAUGUUCGAAAUACAAAAGAUCAUCUCAAGUUUGUCUUGUUUCUAAGCUCAGAGCUUCAGGCGGCUGAGAUUGUGAGGAGGAGGCAAGACUCAGAUAAACAACAAGACAAGAAUCCGGCGUAUCAUCAGCUCCUGGCAAUCUGUGAAACACUGGAACUGCCUGAACCCAGAGAGCAGGAUGCAGCAGCAGUUUUCUCCCAAGUUCAGAACAAGAUUGAUAAAGUACUUAAAGUUCUUCCAAAUGGCUCAGUUGGAAACCCGGUACUGAAGAAAUCUCUCAGCAGUGAACAGUGGGAGAAGUUGCACAACAUCAACACAGUUCUGUCUUCAGAGUACAAGUGUCGGCGCAGGAUGCUGAUCAAACGGCUCGAUGUCACAGUUCAGUCAUUUGGGUGGUCAGACAGAGCCAAGGUGAUGGUGGACAGCAUGGCGAGGGCCUACCAACCUAAGAGGCAUUCUCUGAGGCCACAAUCAUCGGUGGACAUGGCAGACCUGCUGGCUGCCAGAGAAGACAUCUGCAACAUGGUGAAGACCAGCAGUGGAUCGAGCAGGGAGAAGACUGCGUGUGCUCUCAACAAGAUCCUGAUGGGGAGAGUGCCAGACCGAGGAGGACGUCCCUCAGAGAUAGAAGCACCGCCUCCUGAGAUGCCACCCUGGCAGAAAAGACAAGAUGGGGGUGGGGGCUGGGGAGGACACGGCCGUGGAGGAGGAGGUUGGGGCCGAGGAGGCGGUGGUGGAGACAGCUGGCGGGGAGGAGGGCGGAGGGGAGGUGGGGGUGUUCGGAACCAUAGUGGACAUGAACAUUAUGGAGGCCACAGUGGACAUGGAGGAUAUGGUGGACACGGAGGGAAGAGAGGACGGUACCAGUAUUAAUUUUUACUUGUUUUUCUCAUGUGAUUUAGAGUUGGUGUUUUGUAAGACCUCGGUUGUGUGUCUGUGUUUUCUAUAGAUGAAGAAAACCUUUUAAUCUGAUGUCACAUUAGCAGC